UCUAACCUCAAAUCUCUCUUCUCAACUUAGAGAAUGGAAGGCCAUUUAUACCCACUCCAUCUUCAACCCCCUUUCCCUACUCUCUCUCAUCUCAAAAAACUCUUCCUCUCUCUCUCUAAACUCACUCUCAAAAGCUUUCUCUCCCUAAAAUCACUCUCCCUCUAAACUAAAAAAACUGCGACCCCCCCCUCCCUGAACCACCUUCACUCUCCCUCUCUCUCUAAACUCGAAGGAAUGCAACAAGUCCAUCGCCUUCAAACCUCACCUCGAAAUUUCACCAAUAUUGCCGAUGGAUGCCCUCAAUGCCACGUCGGCCCGUUUUCCAACCUCCUCUUCCUCCUCUCACGUGAGUCUUGAUGCCCUGCAGGGACCCAAUCAUUUCAACUGUCUACCCGAAAAAGACCCAUUAUUUUCGAACGCUGCCCUCCCUUCGCACGUGCGUUGGGGCCACCAGAAUUCCCUCUUUUCGGAUGAAACCCACAUGUCCUCCCAAAAUUUAUCCCGAAAAGAACCAUCGUCCCCAAACUGUGCACUCUGUUCACACGUGUCCAACCCAGAUCAUGCCCCCACUGCCACGUCAUUCGAUAAACCCCAGUUCCCUCUCUCUGACCCCAACGCAAAAACUGCGCCCUCGAAGAACCGCAUAAUAUCCAUGGACGCCCCUGCUGCCAUGUCGGAGGGUUUUUACACGUGUUCCCCAUCGUCAUCGUCCUCAUCGUCGACCACGUGGCCAAGUUCUAGCCACGUGCCUAAGCGGAAAGCCGGCCGCAAGAAGUUCAAGGAGACACGUCAUCCCGUUUUCCGGGGAGUACGGCAAAGGAAGGGAGGAAAAUGGGUUUGCGAAAUUAGGGAGCCCCACAAAAAGACACGAAUAUGGCUCGGAACCUACACGUGUCCUGAGAUGGCAGCGCGAGCGCAUGACGUGGCAGUCAUCGCCCUGAGGGGCAAGGACGCGGCCCUCAACUUUGCUGACUCAGCAUGGAGGUUACCGGUUGCCCGUACGUCGUCACGGGAAGAUAUAAGGGAGGCCGCCAAAACGGCCGUUAAACACCUGACGGCACCGAUCCCGGCUAGUUCUCCGGUGAAUGACAGCUGCGACCCGGCCUGUCAAUGCCGUGAAGUGACGUCAUCAAGAGAGGCGUUAUAUUUAGAUGAGGAGGCGUUAUUUGACAUGCCGGGUUUGAUAACGGAUCUUGCCGAGGGGUUGUUAAUAACGCCACCUUCUUUUAAAGGGGGGUUUAGCUGGGAUGACCUGGACACCCACGUGGAUUUCGAGCUUUGGAAGUGGUAAUUAAGGUUUUCGAUGAAGGACACGUGGAGCUAUCAUUAAAUGACACGAGUCAUAUCAUUUUGUUUGACAUAAAAUGAAUUCCGUGCGUUCACCAUUAACCGGGGACUACGCUUUGUAAACACUUUUCUUUUCCAUUUUUUUUUUUCCUUUUCAUUUCUCAUAUUUCCUUUGUUUCAUUGAUUCAAUUAAAUUUUAGGUUCUGAUUUUAGAGGCAUACUUUGAGUUAAUUGAGUUUAGGGUUGAUCUAGAAAAAUGAUUUACAUAAAAAUAGUUAUUUUUUUCAUUUUUUCCUUGAAUUAAGGGGCAUAUAAGAAUAGUUAUUUUUUUCUUCCUUUUCCUUGAAAUAUGACAACAUGUUAGACAUUGUAUGAUUGUAAAUAUUGUGAAGAUGACUAGGUUUUCAUUGAUUUA